CCAUAUUCAUCGUUUUGAAUCUGUAGUUCAGUUAUGCUAACUCUCCGCUGUUAGUUGGAGUAGGCUACACUUGGAAAUCUCAAUAUUUAUCAACCUCAUGUAUAUUUACAAGAUGUCGACUGGUUGUUAAGGCAGCGGUGCGCGUGGAACAAUGUAGCAGCUGCGAAGUAAUGUCAACUCAUCACGACUUUGUUGAUUUAUUAUGAGCUCCCUAUCAGCCCAGCCUCCGGCAUCAGGCUCAUCAUGCAGGACACUACCUGGAGAUGGAAAUCAGGUACAACCAAAAGCCCCUCUCCUGCAGAUUCUGCGUGUUGCCGGAGCCCAAGAAGAAGUCUUCACACUCAAAGAGGUGAUGCACUACUUGGGUCAAUACAUCAUGGGGAAGCAACUGUAUGACAAACAGAGGCAGCACAUCGUCCACUGCCAGGAUGACCCUUUGGGAGAGCUGCUGGAGGUGGAGAGCUUCUCCGUCAAAAACCCGAGCCCAGUGUAUGAAAUGCUCAAGAAAUACUUAGUCGUGCUUGGUUGUUCUGACGCUGCAGAGAAUCUUUCUGUGGGCCGUGAAUGUGUAGAGGGCGGAGUGGAGGAUCGUGGUCAGAUGUGUGGAGCUGUGGUCAAAGCAGGGCUGGAGGCUGGCAGCGAAGGGCCUCUCCUGCAGACCACCUCCCAGCGACGACCUCGGGAGCCAGACGAUGACUCCCUUGAAGGCCUGCCACGGUCAGCCUGCAAACGGCCCAAACUGGAUGUUACUCUGGACGAGUGGGACCUUUCUGGCCUGCCCUGGUGGUUUCUGGGUAAUCUCCGUAGUAACUACAGCCGCAGGAGCAAUGGCUCUACUGACAUCCAUACAAACCAACUGUCUCCUGCACAGGAGGAGGACACGGCCAUCGUGUCGGACACCACUGACGACCUCUGGUUCCUGACUGAGGGCGGGAGUGAGCAAGUGAGCGUGGAGAUGAAAGAGGCUGCACUGGAGGAAGGCAGUGCGGGAGAAGGGGAGGCUCCACCUGAGGAUGAUGAUGGAGGCGGGAAGGAGGAGAAAGCAGAUCGAGAGAUGCAGGAGGAUCCUGAUGAAGACUCGCAGUGUCUAAGUGAUGACACUGAUACAGAGAUCUCAACACAGGAUGCGUGGCAGUGCACUGAGUGCAGGAAGUAUAACACCCCUCUCCAAAGGUACUGUGUUCGCUGCUGGGCUCUACGUAAGAACUGGUACAAAGAUGUCCCCCGACUCGCCCAUUCCCUUUCUGUCCCUGACAUCCCAGCAUGCAGCUCUCUCAGCACGCACGACGAGGAAGAUGACAGCGACGCAGGCAUUGACGUCCCAGACUGCAGCAGGACAGUCUCUGACCCCGUCAUCCUGCCCUCUCACUCCACUGCUGACCGACCACUGCCCACCAUGAUAACAGGGAAAGGCAAGGGGCCUUGGCCCUCCAGCUUCCACAAGGAUGAGCAGCUCUCAGGAGGGGAGAGUCAGGAAAAUCUGGGAAUGGAGAUUGAAGAAGUUAGGCCUGAGGCACUGUUGGAGCCUUGCAAGCUCUGUCGAGUGAGACCCCGCAACGGAAACAUAAUACACGGGCGCACAGCUCACCUGCUAACCUGCUUCCCAUGUGCAAGGAGGCUACACAAGUUCCAGGCUCCUUGUCCAGGAUGUGGGAAGAUCAUUCAAAAAGUUAUUAAGAUAUUCAUUCUCUAAAAAGCGCACACACACAUCAUUCAGGCUCGGGACCUCAACAACAUAAAAUACAACACACAUGUUCAAACACAUUUGACCAUAAAGAUGCAUGCACUCUGCUCGUAGACACUCACACACAAAACAUGCACCUUACCCCUCAAACCUACAGAGGUAUACUCAGCACUUGGUGAAGCUUGCUCUUGGUUGCAUGGUUUAUUCUGCAUCACACUGCCUCUGAAGUAUUGUUAGAUGAAACCUUGGACACGAGAGUUUGUCAUACCAAAUGUUUGUUUUGGUGCCACACUUUAAAUAAGGGACACACAAAGGCAUAAGUAUUUAUUUAUUUAUAAGAAGAACACAUAGGAGUGCACCGUUGGUGUGAGCUUUUAUUUGAUUUCAUGAAGGCUUGUUUUUGCAGGCUGUGUGAAUUUUCUCAUUUGUGUUUGCAUUGCAUUGAAAGGUGCUAUUUAAAACGAGUAUUGCUUGCCUCAGUUCUGUUAGUUUUGUUUGACUUUCUCUCCCUAUAGUUUCACUUCAGUCAUCAUCUGGACCAACUAGAAAAGAUCAGUGCAGGUAUAUAACUGCAAGAACAUUUCUUUGAGCAUCGGCUAGGCUAUUUUGUUUGGUUGUUUAACCCUUGUUAUAUCCUCUUAGGUAUUGUGGCUCAUUUGAGUUAUGAAGACAAGAUUGAAGGAAGAACAGGAAAGAAAUAUUUAAAACUAUGAUUUUCUAGUCAGCAGCUGCAGCUCCAUGAAAGUGUCCUCUUAAGCUUUUCUUAAAAAAAUGUGCUUCAGCAUAAUUGAAUGUAAUGUAAAAUACAAAUGUGGUGGCUUAAGUCCUGUUUCUCAACAUAGUAUUUUAAAAAUGUAGAAUUGAAUUUAACCUGCUUAGGAAUGCACAGCUGAAGUAUUUACUGUAAUUUCCUCUCGGGGUAGUAAUUUGAUGUUAAUAUGUAUUCAAUACCGUAUUUACAAUUGCCAAGCCUCUGAUGACAGUAAUGCCUGCAGUAAGUUAUGUCAUAUAAUUGUCGGUUAAUGUUUAAAUGUUAUCAGUCAGAGAGGGCACAUCUCUUCCUCAACAUAUGGUAAAUGAACAAUUUCUGUAUAUUUUGUAUUUAAUUUAUUUAUGAUUCUGUUUUAAUUGUUUAGAUGACCACCACCUCUAAUGACGCAGAAGAAGGCUGCACAUGUUACAGAGCUCUAAUGUGUAAUUUUACAGCAUGAAUAUUUUAUGAACGAUAAAGGAAAAGUCUCUAAUGAAACGGGUUACCCUCGGUCAAAGCGAUGAUGUAGUACUUAUUGGGAGUUGGAGGUUUGAUUUCAGCGUUACACUGCCAUGUAAUGACUCUGAACUUUAAUUUGUAUAUUAUAGAUUUUAUUUGGAUGGCUCUGCAUUAUUUGAAGAUUGUACCGCUAGACCACAUAACUUUCAGUGAGUGUGUGUGAGCUCUCUAAAAAUACAGUAUGCUCACAAGUAAGAUGUUCAGUGACAGUAAGCAUUUAACUCUGGGCUCUGCUUAGCGUAGAGGGAAUAUUCUAGUUCUUUGAUCUGCUCUUCACUUGCGCUUAAUCUUUCUGCCAGCAGGUGGGGAGAAGUCUCAAUAUUGUAUCUGGUGCCCACAAAAGUUGUACAGUACCAGUGAUAACAUGUAAAGCAUAUAUAGAGCAUGCCUCCCGUCGUGACUAGAGCCAGCACUGAGCUGGUGUGCGAGCUAUUUUAGCGAUAUAAAACUAUAAAUGAUUAAUGUAGCCUGUUGUAUUUAUCGCCAAUAUUGUGCAUUGAGAUGAUAAAACCUUCCUCUAGAUACAGACCUCAUAAAAAUGGCCCAGUACAUAUUGUACCAGUGAUACUGGCUCAGAAUGACAGACUAUUAAUGACCUAAAGACUAUAAUGUGCUCAAACAUGGUACAGCUAAUAUAGUUGUUUUUUUCUACCUGUCAUGGAAUAAAAUAUGUUGUUUUGUAAAGCAAUAAAGAGUUAAGAG